UUAGCCGAAAGCCUUUUCAUUCAGUCACUCGCAACAUACGCUGCACCGAGUGAGGGUGGUGGAAAAUCGUCGGGCGGAGAAAUCGAAUAACGGCGCUGAGGAAAUCAACUACGACCACAAGGAACAAGGCUAGCCAAGAACGUCAGACAUCGGCGCCGCUCCUAAACUACCGAAAAGUUCGCGAUUUGUUCAACGAAAGUCCCUCAGAAGCGACGUAUAUAUCUCGUAUACAUCACAAUGUUAUUUAUGUGUCACCAAAUGGCCAUGAAGAAGGAGGCCCAGGAGAAGCUCAAAGCAGAGGAGCUCCGUAAGGCACAAGCCGCUGCUGACAUCCCCAUCAUCUGGAUAUUGGGCGGUCCCGGCUGCGGCAAAGGCACUCAGUGUGCUAAGAUUGUGGAGAAAUAUGGAUUCACACAUCUGAGCAGUGGAGACUUAUUGCGCAAUGAGGUGGCUUCAGGAUCGGACAAGGGUCGUCAGCUGCAGGCCGUCAUGAGCAGUGGCGGCUUGGUAUCCAACGAUGAGGUCCUUUCGCUGCUGAACGAUGCUGUGAACCGUGCCAAGGGUGGCUCGAAGGGCUUCCUCAUCGAUGGAUAUCCACGUGAGAAGACCCAGGGCGUGGCCUUUGAGGAGCGUAUUGGUCCCGCCGAUCUGGCCUUGUACUUCGAUUGCUCUGAAGACACCAUGCUGAAGCGUAUAUUGGCGCGUGCCGCUGCCGCAGCUGUGAAAAGAUCCGAUGACAAUGAGGAAACCAUUAGGGCGCGUCUGCAGACUUUCAAGCAGAAUACAAGCGCCAUUCUGGAACUAUACGCAGACAAAACCUUGACGAUCAAUGCCGAGCGUGAUGUCGAUGACAUCUUCCAGGAGGUUGUUCAGGCCAUCGAUUGUGUGCUCAAGAAGAAGGCGAAAAUAGCCGCACACUGCUAGUAGGCUAGUAGAGAGCUCUUAUUAAGAAACAGUACCAAAGUUAGCAAUACAGCCAAAAAUUUAUACGCACUUUUUAACGCUAAACUCGAAGAAAUCUCACAAAUUUGCACAAAUGAAAGCGAAACACCAAAUUUAUUAGUUUUUAAAUGAAUGUCAUAUUAUCCCAUUAAGUGGGACUACAACACAUAAUCUCAUGCAAGAAAUGGUUGAUCUAAUGCUCUAAAUAAAUUUACCCAUAAAUUCAA